AUGGGCGCUGAUGCCAGGGACCUCAAGCUAAUGCUGCUGCCUCCAGCGGUGGCGCGGGUGUUGCAGGAUGGCGAGGCCGUGCCGCUUCUCUGGACCAAAAGCCGGCCGCCCUUGGCACGGCUGUCGCCGCGCCUGACGCCGGUGCCGGUGAAGGAGGCGCCAGCGAAAGAGGCGCCGCCCGCGGCGCCCGCGGCGCCAGUGCAGCCGUUGCGCCCGUCGGAGGACGCGCCUUGGCCCUGGCAGAAACCGCGAAGACCGAAGCGCAAAGGCGAGCCCCGGCCGGAGCCGCGGCCGCAGGCGCCGUCGCCGCGGCCGGAGGCGCCGCCGCGUUUGGCGCCCGGGGGCAGCAGGUCCGGGCCGAGGCGGCCGGAGCCGGUAGAGCUGGCCAAGCUGGACUCUGGCUUGACCUUCCUGGAGAACUACGCGAAGCGUACUCCCAGUCCGCAGGAGCGUGUUGUGCGGCCCGCCCCCGGCGAAGCCGGGUCCAGUGUCUACGGUGCCGGCUGGCGGAUGUCCCCGCCGCGAGUGGAGCCCGCCCUGACGUCGGCGCCCCGCGCCUACGUGCCUUCACCACGUUCGCCCAAACGCCGCUCGCUGCCGGAGAGCGCUGCCUCCCCGGCGCCUCCCGACGACGUCGCGGAGGCGGCCGAGGCUGCCGCCGAGGCCGAGGCCGAGGAUCGCGCCGAGGCGGCGCCCGAAAUGCCGCCGCAAGCGGCGGCGCCACAAGCGGCGCCCGAGGCGCCGCCACAAGCGCCGCUAGUGGCGCGGGGGAACAGCCUCAGGGACAACUUCAUGGGGGUCCUGGAGGAAGUGCUGCAGGGCCUACUGGCGGACCCCGCGCUGCGCACGCAGAUCACUGAGGCGGUGGACCGGUCCUUGGCGCAGCUCUUGGACGAACCCAAGGCGUCGCCUCCGCUCGAGGAGGCCUCCGAGCUGCGGCAGAAGGUGGCCCGGGGCCUGUGGAAGGCCACGGUGGACGGGCGCCUCAGGGCCCACCUCGGCGGCCGGCGCCGGUCCUCCCUGAAGGCGCUCAAGGAGCGCUCGACCAAGGCAAAGGCGGAAGCCGCAGCCUUCGAUGCAGCCCGCCAAAUGGUGGCUGAGAGCUUGAGGGUUGCGGCGCUCAAUGCGCCGGAAGCCGCGCCUCAUGAGGAGCUGGUGGAGCAACCGGCGGGGCCCCUGGACUUUGAGGAGGCUCGACGCAAGGUGGCCGCGGCCCUCAGAGCAGCGGCGGAGCGCUACGAGGCCCACGCGCCCGGCGCGCCCGGCGCGCCGCGGGCCUCCGAGGCUGAACAGCAGCCUGAGCUGAGCAUGGAGGCAGAGGAUGCUUGUUCCAGCGCAUCGGCCCGCAGGCCAACGCCCUCGUCCCCCUCGGCCUCGGAAGCCUCCGUGCAGUGGGACUCCUCCGCCAGCUCAGAGGUGGGGUCGGCGGCGCGGUCAGUGGUGUUCCGAGUGCUGCAGGUGGACGAGCCGGGCAAUGCCUCGCUUCUUGAGGACGUGGCGAAUGAGAUGCUGGAGGAGGUCUUCUGCAGCCUCGACAUCGUGCCUUGGAUUGGGUUGGCGGCAAGAGGGUUGGAGAGUUCCUUCGCGGCAGUGCAGGCGCUGGUGAAGGGGCUGCUUACAGUGAGCCAGGUGAGCCAGGACCUGUACUUUGUGCACGCCUUUGAGGCGGAGCACCGGGAGCUGGCGCGAAAGGCUGUGAAGAACUUUCACUUCCCAGACAAGGCGGACCUCGAAAGGCGCCUGGGGAGCUGCAAGGCGGACGCGGCGCGGCUGGUGGAGAAGGCGACCGGCGAAAACUGGGACAAGUUGAUCCCGAUCAUGGAGAAGACCUUGGUGAAGCUCACCGGGCAGGACGGAGAGCCCUCCGCGAGCAAGGAGAAGGAGCCCUCAGCCAGGCAGCUCUUCAAGGAGGAGGAGAGUGACGCCGAGGAGGAACAAGAAGAGCAGGGCGGCUGCAGCUGCUGUUGCAGGCUGCUGGGCUUCUUGACGCUGGGGCUGGCGGGGCUGAUCUGCGCCGCGUGGGCGCUGGAGUUCUCCAGUCGGGCCGGGCUGCUACCCACAGCUGCGCCUGAAGGGAAGCCGUAG